UAAAUUAUUUAGGUGAAAAGGUUACUCUUGUCAAGCUGUGUGUUAUCAAAGUGUCAGGACACUCCUCUCAAAGGUAAUAUUGACAGAGGGAGUAGGUGCUGAACACCUUCAGUGGAAGUAAAGUUUGAAACUAGUCUGAGGGGAUUAGAAAGUGCUCGUCCUUCUUAGCCCGUUGAUUUAUUAUGCCAUCUACAGAGAUGCUGAGCAGAGUGGUACUUCGAUUCAUUAAAGAUACUGCUUGAAAGUAGGAACAGGUUACCAGAAUGGCUACAAUUGGACAAAUAAUCUUUACGAGUAUGAUUGUUCUGAUAGUAGUAAUUUCUGGACUCAUCAUUUUCAUUUUGGCUAUUGCAUUCUCAGUGUCCCAAGGUACCGUUAAGAGCAGUAGUCCCUCUGCUGUGGGGAAUCUUGAUGAGGAUGUGGUCCUGGAUUGCAAGUUUCUUAGCAGCAGUGGCAAUGAGCAAUUUAGUGAUGUAUCAAUUACUUGGCUAAAAGAUGCUCUCAGUGGUGUGGUUUAUGAAUACAAGAACAAAGCAGCCCAGCUCCAGGGGCAGAACACACAGUUCAAAAACAGGGCUCAACUGUUCUCAGCUGCUAUAUCAACGGGGAACGUCCUUCUGCUGAGAAAUGUGAAGAUGGAGGAUGAGGGUGUGUAUCGCUGCACUGUCAACGCACCAAAAGUCUCAGGGACAACCAGCAUUAACCUUAAAGUGGCUGCUUUCACAGCUCCCACAUUUACCCAACGGGCAGGUGGCUCUCUAUUCGCUGAGGCUUAUAAAUGGUUUCCCAAACCAGAGGUUAGCUGGUUGAGUCCGAGUGGGCAUCUUUUAAACAGCAGCACCAAUUUUAUUGACUCUGCUGGAAUCAUGCGAGUUGCUACUGUCCUUGAAAACCCAGUAAAACAGAAUGACACAUACACCUGUAUUAUCCAGAACAGUGUUGUGAAAGCUAUCUCAGAGGCAACUGUAACAGAAAACAGAGUGGCGGUGAGGACAUACUUCAUUUUCAGUGCUGCAUCUACAAAAGUGUCAUCCUUACAUCUUCUGUUCACAGUCAUCCUUAUUCUCUCUGUAAUCCAGACACAUCUCUUCAGUGGUUGACUCAAGGUCAAUCAGUUACAGUUCAAAAGACUGACAUGUUUUUCUUGGUUGGUUGCUUACAGUACAUUCUAAAAUUCAAUCAAUUAACCCCACAUCCUAAACCAUAAUGACAUUUACCAAUAGAAAGAAAAACUGUUAUUUUUUUAAACUCUAAACAUUUUACUCUGUGCUGUAGAAGUGGAUAUAUAUCCAAAUUCAGGUUUCACAUGAUAAAUCCUAUGAAUUCUUUCAUAUGAAACAUCUUUUAUUUUGUUAUUGACAAAAUGUUUAUCAUAGCUUAUUUCACAUUAUUGAAACUGUUCUUGAAAAAAUGUUUGCAUUACCAAUAAAGGAUUUUCAAUACACUCAUUUUUGAGACACAUCAU